AUGGACGUCGAGUAUGGAGGUUCGAGGAGCUUCAGCAGGUACAUGUGGCGAAAGGAGGAAAAAAUACCGCUGAGUUACAACAAAAAGUAUGGCGCAGAGAUAGAGCAGGCGGAGGGAAAGGACAAGAAGGAUAGCCGCGAAGACUCGAGGAGCACUCGCCCGCUGUUCAGCAACUGCAAUUUUUACAUUGACGAUUUUGUAAGUCUCUUUUCGCUUUACAACUCGUGUGAUAAGGGCCACAAGGGUGAAGGGGAAGAGGGAGUGGAAGAGGGAGUGGAAGAGGAAGGGGAAGAGGAAGGGGAAGAGAAAGAGAAAGAGGAAGAGGCAGAGGCAACGGCAGCGAGGGAGAGCCCUUCCCAAAGGACAGCUCUGCACAGGGGCGAGGUGAGCCCCCACGACGAAUGGAACAGUUUCACCAACCAUGCGGAGGAAAGGACAGUAGACCGCUACUACAACAGCUUCAACAGCCAGGCGAAAUGCAGUACGCCCUAUAACGACUGCAAUUUGGGUGGUGAAAAUAAUUAUGUUAAUUUUUUUGGUAGUGACUUUGAAAGGGCAGAAUUGACAAAGCUACAGGAUCGACCCAUCCAAGACGCAGACAUGAGCUUAGACAGGACCCCAGCAAAAAGCAAUCACUACGGGUUGGUAGAAACUUUGGAAGAUAAACACACAAGCAGGGAAAGGAACCAAUUUGAUACCUUCAUGAGAAGCUACGAAAGAGUGCACACGAACAAGCGAAACGUUCAUGCGUCUUACAUUAACAAGAAAGAACAGAUAGAAAUAAUGAUUAUACAAAAUGGGGGGGUUAUACAUAAUGCCUUAACAAGCAAGGUGACGCACAUAAUUAGCAACAAUAUGGCAUUAGGGUCGAAGAAAUACAUGGAUUAUAAAAAGGCAAUUAAAAAGUCGAAAGUUUUUAUAGUGGCGGAUAAGUACAUUUUCGAUUGCGUCAAAUUUCAGUGCAGAUUUCCAGAGCAGUCCUACUUACCCUCGCUGCUGCGGUAUAACAGUCGACAGAUAACUGAGUUUUUUCCCUUCAAGGAGAGGAGUAGGAGGAGGAGGCGCGCGGGGGGGGAGGUAAACACAACAGGGGGGGGCACACCUUCGAUAGAUGCUUCCAUUGCGCGGGGGGAGACACCUUCGAUAGAUGCUUCCAUUGCGCGGGGAGAGACACCUUCUGUAGGUGCUUCCAACACGCUUGCACAGAAUUGUGCACCCGCUUGGGCCCACCACGAGGAGGGAGGCGACCCCCUUCUGGGAGACUCCCCGGAGAAGAGCCCCAUGGGCGAUGACUCCCCUCCAGGGAAAAGACUGACGGACGGCACACCCAUCGACAAACACCUGCUAAUGCUGAACAUGCAGAUGAGCUACGCAAAUGUGAAGAAGUACAUAGUGUGUAAUUCGGCUGAGUAUUUCAAAAGGCUGCGCUUAAUCUAUUUGAAGAAGGAGCUGAAGGAAAACGCCUUCCCCAAUGUGGGCCCCAAUCUGCACAUCAACAGGAACACGUUUGAAGACUUCUCGAGGAAGCAUAGGAUAUUGAGUCACCUCACUGAGCAGGAAAUUAAUUGGGUUAAAAAAAAGAGCCAGUUGAACAUAAAGGUAAAAAACGUGUGGGAAAAUGACAUCAUUCACUUUUUCUUCGACAUUGUGUUGAGGACGAAGGGUCAACCUGAAGGGGGGAGCGCAGCAGUGAGUGGCGGCGGAAGUGCAGGCGGAAGCGAAGGCGGACAUAACCGCCUCUCCAGCGGAAACGCCUCGGAAAAACUAAUCGAAAGCGUGAGCGCCUACCUGCACAACUCCCGCCUGUACAUUCUGGGAAACUGGAACUACAUAAGUCGCGAGUUUUUCAAAUUUGAGGACAUAAAUGAAGGGGACAAGCGGAAGUGCGUCUACCUCUACAUCGACUUUGAUAACUACUUCCUAAAUGCGAGUGUCAAGGGCGCAUCUGAACCGUAUGGAAAGAGCAAAAAAAUAGAUAACCACGAAAUACUGUGUGUGUGCCACAGCUUGAAGAAGGAGGAGAGUUAUGGAAUUAUAAGCGCUACCAACUAUUGGGGGAAAAAAAACAAAAUCCUCAAGGGGAUGGUAAAAGGAGAAGUCACCAAAAUGCAUAGAGACAACAUCCGUUUUGUGAAAUACGAUUUUUCCAACAUCCUAAGGUGUAGCUAUUUGUUCCUGCUUGUCCUCAUCAAUUACUCAAAAAAUGUGAGGGUACUAUCAGUCGAUGAGUCUAUCCUCCAAUUAUUUUACGAAACUGAGGAGGAGAUUUUCUCAGCGGCUAAACAGAUAGCGGAGGAUAUUUACACCCUAACCAACCUCAGUGUGUCCAUAGGAAUUUCCUCCAACCUGUCAAUGUCUAGGAAGGCUCUAAAGUUUUGCAAAAAAAGGUUUUUAUUUUUUGAUUAUUACCAUCAUUUUUGCAUAUUUAUCAUGGGGAAGUAUUUCCUCACGGGGGGAACAAAGGGGGAGAUAAACCGUGGGGAGCAUGUCCACAGUGGCACCCCACAACGUAGUUUUCAAAAGGAACGUGCUCCUGAGGAAUGUAACCUGCAUGAUGUUAGGGGUGACCAGAAGGGAGCGGCACGCACCGAGCAGGGGGACACUCCAGUGAGGGAAGAGAAUCGCGCCGCUGGGGGGCACCGCCUCCAGAACGCCCCACUCAGCAGCGAGGAGUUGGAAGGUCUGUUCGAUGAGUAUGUCGCGGCAGGGGGGUCGAUUAAUGCCACGUCUAAUAACACCACGUCUAACUGCGCCACGUCUAAUUAUGCCACGUCUAACUGCGCCACGCCUAACUGCGCCACGUCCAAUUAUGCCACUUCCACCCCCUCCGAUGCGUACUUCCUCAACGCCAUGAAGGGGAAAAGGGACCCCCGGGUGGACUCCCUCUUUAACAAAUUCGUUCAGGCGAACCGAGCCCACUUGGAACACAUGACGAACAACUUCUUCGACCGGGUCAUCCACCCGGUAAGUAGAUUCUUCUUUUUCUACAAUAAGAACGAGCACUACUUGGACGUAUUAAGACAGUUGAAUUAUUUAAAUGGCCAGUUUGUUCAUUUUAACAUUUAUCAUUUGCCUGUGGAUGAGAGAGCGCCUGCCUUACCAUGUGAUGACCUACCGGAAGCCAUUUUAAAAAAAUUAAAAAAAAAAGAUAGCGACCGAAUUGAGGGUAAGAAGAGCAUAAACAUUAGCGUGAAUUAUGGAGUACGCUUCGAAUACAUUAACGAUUUUUAUUUCCUCAUUUAUUUUAUGACGAAGCAGCUGUAUAUCCGUCUAAGGAUUAAAAAGCUGAAGGCCAAGUGUCUACAUGUGCAUUUCUUUCUCAAGGAGGAAAACGAAAAUGUCAACCCGGUGAAGUACUUGGGGAGGGGAAAGGUCUUCAGGGUGAGCAGCAGAAUUAAGCUCAGUCAUUAUACGGACAAUUUUUUCGUAUAUUUUUUCAAAGUGAUUUACUCUUUUGAUGCCCUGGCUAGCAGCUUGAGCGACCUCAGGGGCGUUCAAAUGGUGUGCUCCGACGUCGUCAGCACCGACGCGCUCCACGCACUUGGCAGGAGGAGCAUUCUGUUCUACUUCCCCUUGGGGGGGCGGGAAAGCAUGAAGGCAGAGCAAGAGAUCAAUAUGAAUGCAGCGCAAGAGGUUAAGCUGGAGGCAGAGCAAGAGGUCAAUAUGGAGGCAGAGCAAGAGGUCAAUAUGGAGGCAGAGCAAGAGGUCAAUAUGGAGGCAGCGAAAGAGGUCAAUAUGGAUGCCGCGAAAGAGGCCAAAACCGUCGCACCCAACAUGCGAGACGCGCAAGUGCACCCCGCCUGGGGGAAGAACGGCAAGGAGGCCGCGAAAAGGGCGACGCAUGCCCCGCGGCACCAUCGCCGUAACCGUGGUGGGAACUCCAAGCCCAGGAAACCCCUCCCCCUGAUCGAUGGCAGACACGCGAAAAGCAUCCUUUGCUAUUUUUUCAACACGAAAAAGGAAGCGGAGGACGAGAAAAAGGUCGACAUGUCGAGCGAUAAGUGUAUCCCCUUUUCAUUUAAAAGUGGAGCAAAAAAGAAGAAAAAAAAAUAUAACAAUUAUGGCGGUGUGAGAAGGGCGACGACUCCUUUACCGCCCAGCAACUGCAACAUGCCCAAGAAAAUAAAAAUCACAAGAAAUUACAAAAUUUUUGAUUUUUUCCCGAGCAUUUUGGUGAAGCGAAAAAGGCAAAGCAGUAGCGCUGCUGAGCAAAAUGAUCAUGUGGACAAAUUGAUUGACGGAAAUGGUCUAACGACGGACAAGAACAUAUUCGAUAGUAUAAUUAACAAAAGGGUGAAGAAGGAGGCUCAGAUUAAGGAGGAAUUUAAUUGCUGCUACGUUAGUUAUAGGAACAUCCUUGAGCAUGUGAUGGAAAAACUGAAAGGCCUAACCACCCUGCGUGAGGGUCAGCAUGUGUGUGCAAACGAAUCUGCGAAUGACGCCAUUUUUUGCCACUCCUAUGUUAUUCGCUCUCUCUAUGAAAUGAAUCGAGAAAGCGAAAGAGGUGUCCUUUACACCUAUACCAAGGGAAUAAUUUCUUCCUACAUUUCCCAUUAUAACAAUUUGUUUCAGAAGCACGACUGCCGAAAUGAUGCAGCCGAUAGGUACUACCUCCUCAAAUUCGUUGCUGCCGUUGUGGACAGCUUGUGUGAGGAGCUGCACCGCAGGAGGCUUCUCGACGUGCUUCACAAAUUUUUGAAAAAUUUCAAGCACGUUUGGUGCUUCAGCUGUGCUGAAGAGGCGGGGGAGGAGAAGGAGGAGAGGAAGGAAAGCGAGAAGGGCGAAAAGGGCGAAAAGAGCAAGAAGAGCUCCUUCCCACCGCUAUUUCACCGAACGAUGGUGAAGUACGGCGUGUAUUAGUUCGAUGCGUGCAGGGGCGCGCCCCCGCAGCUGCAUCAGUGUGAACAGUGCGAUAUUGUGAACCGCAUGUUUUCCUAUCUGGUGGGGGAGAACCCUCCAUUUUU